AUGGAGCUUCAAGAGGUGCUGCUGCACGACGCCGUCGCUGCCCUGCUACAGGAGCACGCACAGGAGUUUGCUGCUGACAGCAGCAGCAGCAGCAGCAGCAGCAGCAACGGGGAGGGCUGCAACUGUUCACACUGCAAGGCCGCAGCAGCAGCAACAGCAAAAGUUCGGGGGCAGCUGGGCAGGUGCCAAGUGGCGGUCCUUGCGGGCGUCAUUGAGGAUGCAGCAGCAGCAGAUGCAGCAGCAGCAAAGCAGAAGCCGCAGCAGCAGAAGCAGCAGCAGCAGAAGCAGCAGCAGCGGGGCAAAAGGGCCACAAUAGUAGCGUGCUUCAAGCUUCGGGAGUUCUCUGAAGCAGUUGAGGCAGAGAUUCAGCAGCAGCAGAAGCAGCAGCAAAAUAAAAAGCAGCAGCAGCAACCCUUGCUGCAGCGUCUUGCUGCUGCAGCAGCAACUCACCGCGAAUUGCUGCUCCGCGAUUUGCGCAGCGUGAGGGCAGCGCUGCCCCUUGGAGCUGACAUUUUGGGUGUAUGGUCACCGCUGCUGCAGCAGCAGGAGCAGCAGCAGGAGGCGGAGAAGCAGCAGCAGCAGCAGCCGCAGGAAGAGAAGGGGAAGCAGCAGCAGCAGCCGCAGGAGAAGCAGAAGCAGCAACAGCAACAGUCGCAGAAGGAGGGGGAGCAGCAGCAACAGCAGCCACAGGAAGGGAAGGAGCAGCAGCAGCAGCAGCAGCAGCAGACGAAUCAGGAGCAGAAGCAGGAGAAUGGGCAGAGUGGUGAGGAGCAGCAGCAGCAGCAGAUGCUCGCGCUGCUGCAGCAGUUUGCUGCUGCGCUGAACGAGGCUUUUGUAGAAGACGCAGAUGGGGAAGCAGACUGUGAUAUCCCGGACUUCAGCAGCAGCAGCAGCAGCAGCAGCAGCAGCUUGCGGAAUGACCGAAUCGCCCUGGCACUUCUUCCUUCCGACCAGCGGCAGCAACAGCAGCAGCAGCAGCAGCAGCAGCAGAAGCAGACGGAGGAGGAGAAGCUGGCUGAGUCUUUCAAGGCGUUUGUCGUCUCAAGCCAAGAUACCUCAGCAGCAGCAGCAGCAGCAGCGACAGCAGCAGCAGCAGCAGCAGCAGAUGCGGCGCUGAGAGUUGUAGUCAAAGACGUGCGGCUGCUGUGGCAGCAAAGCAAAGAGUGGCUUCUGCUGCAGUCCCGGCUGCCUCUCGAGCUGCUGCUGUCUUCAGCAGCAGUAGGCGAGGUGCUGCAGCAGCAGCACGCCGCAGCCUGCUGCUGCAGUAGGGGCCUGCUGCUGCCCCUGCUCACUCCGCCAGCUGCUGAAGAGCUGCUGCAGCAGCUGCAGCUGCAGACGCAGCUGCUGCUGCAGCAGCAAGGCCUCUUUUUCUGCCUUCCAGACGGAUCCUGGGUGUCUCCCACUGCAGCAAACAGCAGCAGCAGCAGCAGCAGCACGCUGGCUGCGGCACUUUCUGCUGCGAAGAAAGCUGGAAGGCAGCAGCAGGGGCUAGCCAGCAGCAGCAGCAGCAUCAGCAGCAGCGCUGAAGCAAUGACCGGAUGUCUCGAAUUUGCUGCGCAAAGCGCGCUGCAGUCCCCCCAGCAGCAGCAGCAGCAGCAGCAGCAGCAGAUGGAGGGGUUGCUGCUGCAGGUGCCUGUGUGUCGCCGCCUCGGCAGCGGCGCAGCAGCAGCUGUAGGCUCCCACAUUUUAUGUGCUGCUGCUGCUGCUGGGGUUUCUGCUGCAGCAGCAGACAGUGAAGGCAGCGUUUUGGGUCCUGCUGCUGCAGCGCUUUUCCCUGGAUCAGCAGCUCGUAAGGUGCUGCAGGCAGAGAAGCAGCAGCAGCAGCAAGACGUGCUGCAGCAGACGCUUGCUGCGCAGCGCGCAGCAGCAGCAGCAACAGCAGGGAAGAGCAGAAGCUGCUGCCUGCUGCAGUGCGAUGUGCUGGUGUUGCUGCGGAGAGACACUCAGCAGCAAGCAGCAGCGGAAUUGCUGCUUGCUGCGCUGCUGCAGCAGCUGCGCUUCCUGGGCGCGUCUUUCUCGCUGAUGGCAGCAGCAGCAGCAACAGAAGCAGCAGCACCUGCUGCUGAUGCUGCGCAGCCAAAGCUGCGGAAAGGGCCGUAUGGAGCCCAGCCUUUCCUGCUGCACUCUUUGCUGCUGCCAGAUAAUUUGUCGCUGCAGUUCUCCGUCUCUUUUGCUGCAUUCCUGCUGCAGCACUUUGCUGUGCCUGUUGCUGUCUGCAGCACAGAGCAGCCUAUUCUUCGAGCCUCGUGGCUAGACUUCUGCUGCAUGCGGAAGCUGCUGCCUUCAUUUGUUGCACACUGCGCGCUGCACUGCAGCGGCAGCAGUAGCAGCAGCAGCAGCAGCAGCAGCAAACUUAUUUCGGAUGGAGUGGAUGACAAAGGGUGGGGUUGUUGUUACUGUUCGCUGCGCUCCGUUUGCUCCUGGUUCUUGCGGCAGGGCUUCACAGAAAAGGAAGUGCCGACUCACUGGGACAUUCAGACGCUCCUAAAGAGAGCCGAUGAGGCCUUUAAGGACCACCAGGUGGGCACUCCGCGCUGGAUCGGCACUGUGGAGGCGCACUUCGUGCUGGGCAUUCUCUUUGGCUGCGGCAGCCGCAUUUUGCAUCUGCAGCAAAUGGAAGACUUGGAAGACCAUUUGGGACUUUUGCUGCAGCACUUCCAGCAGCAGCAAACCCCAGUCGUCAUGGGCGUCGGCCAGUUCGCCUUUUUGCUGCUCGGAGUCGCCCAGGACCUCGACACCGGUCCGCGACCUGCUGCUGCUGCUGCUGCUGCUGCUGCUCAUGUUGCUGCUGCGGAGGAGGAGGAGGUUGCUGCUGCUGCUGCUCAUGUUGCUGCGGAGGAGGAGGAGGAAGAGGCUGCUGCUGCUGCUACGGCUGCGGAGGUUGUUGCUGCUGCUGCGGAGGUUGCUACUGCUGCUGCUGAUGUUGCUGAAGUUGCUGCUGCUGCUGCUGCUGCUGCUGAGGUCGCUGCUCCUGCUGUCGCAGUUGUUCAGAUUUUUGCCGCAGCUGCAACAGUUGCUGCUGCUGAUCUGCAGUGCCUUAUUCUCAUUUUGGGCGGCUUCUUACUUAAUAAUGGACCCGCACUAUUUCGGGCCAGAAGAGCCCAAAGCCAUUUUGGACAAGGGCUGGGUGGCGUGGCAGAAGAUAGAUUUCCUUACAAGAGCAGCAGAAGCGUGUGGGGUUGCUGCGACAAGGGCGCACAGACACCGCAGCAGCAGCAGCAGCAGCAAAUGCAGCAACAGCAGCAGAUGCAGCAACAGCAGCAGCCGCAGGCUGCUGCAGCUUCUUGCCUGAGCUGCAUCUCGAAACCCUAA